AUGCAGAGCCCACUGACUCUGUAUGAGCUGACCAAGCACAGCCUGCUGAAAAGUGAGUCCAUAGCCUGUAUUGCUCUGCAUGACCUGCCCAGCCUCAUCUUCCAUGAAAUGUUCAUGGAGGCCUUCAUGUGUGGACUUGAUGAGGUCCUGAAGGUGAUGGUCCCAGCCUGGCCUUUUCCCUGCCUCCCUUUGGGGUCCCUGAUGGAGAUGAGGAAAUCUGGGACCCCACAAUCUGAACUAGAAAAACUCCAGCCAGAGGAGAGGAAUCUACAGACUUUGAAAGCUGUGCUGCAUGGGCUGGAUAUGCUGCUGGCACAUAAGUUUCACCCCAGUAGAUGGAAACUGCAAGUGCUGGAUUUGAGGAAUGUGUACCAGGACUUCUGGACUCUGGGGCCCAGAGCCAUGGCUCAUGCCUGGGUACCAGAUGACAAGUGUAGGGAACAAACAUUCGAUGACUGCCAAGUGAACAGGAAAAAGCAGCUCCUGAAAGUGACGGCAGACUUGCUCACCGUGAGUGGAAAUUUAAAUGGAUUCCAAACCUAUCUCUUUGAGUGGGCCCAGCAGAAAAGACAUUUGGUCCACCUGUGCUGUAGGAAGAUGGAGAUUUACAAUAUGCCUUUUGAUACCUUCAUGGAUGUUCUGAAGAUGCUGGAUCUGAAGUGUGUUCAGGAAGUGGAAGUGUGUGACUUUUUGGAUGUGAAAAACUUGGCAUCAUUUGCUCCUUACCUGGGCCACAUGAGAAAUCUUCAAAAACUUGCUCUCUUUUCAUUCUCUACUGGGUACUAUUGUGCCUCAAGUAGCAUUUCAGAGUACGUUGAUGAGUUCACUCUUCACCUCCGAGAGCUGAACUGCCUCCAGGAGCUCUACCUAGACUGUGCCUAUUUCCUCAAAGGCCACCUGGACCAGGUGCUCAGGUGCCUGAAGAUCCCGUUGAAGACCCUCUCAAUAACUCACUGGGAAGUUUUACCAUCAGAUUGGAACCAUCUGACCCAGUGCCCAAGCAUCAGUCAGCUGAGAGAUCUGGAUCUGAGAGGAGUCAGACUGACUCAGUUUAGUCCCAAGCCCCUGCAGCUUUUGGUGGAGAAAGUUGCAGGCACCCUGACCACUUUGGAUUUGGAAUCAUGUUGCAUGACAGAUUCCCAGAUCAGUGCCAUCCUGCCUGCCCUCAGCCACUGCUCGAAGCUCACCACCAUCUGUUUCUAUGAGAACAACAUCUCCAUGUCUGCCCUGAAGGAUCUGCUGGGCCACACUGCCAGCAUGAGCCACUUAAGUCUGGAGCAGUAUCCUGCCCCACUAGAGAGCUAUAAUGACAUGGGCGACCUGCAACCAGGGACAUUUGUCCAACUUUGUGCUGAGCUCAUGGAAACCCUGAAGGCCAUACGGCAGCCAAAGAUGGCUGUGUUUGGUUCAGAUCCCUGCCAAUAUUGUUACCACCGAUUCCUCUAUUGCAUGGAGGCCUCUCCGUGUAUCUGUGAGCUGUACUAUGAUUGCAAAAAUGUCAGAAGUUUUCUCCUGGACUUUUGGAACCAGAAGCCAAGGAAUAGGAUUUUCUAUAAGAGGACCCAAAAGAGUCUAGACCCCUGCUUUUUGUGA